AUGGCCAUCAAUGCCUGCGACUCUCUCUCUCCCAGCCUUCCUCUUUCUCUGUCUCCACUGCUGAUGCUUCCUCUCGACAAGGACGAGGUUGGCCAUGGCUGUCGCCUCUUCAGCCUCAAGGACAAGACCGCCCUCGCCCUCCGCGGCUUCCCGGAGACAUUCUCCGACAGCCGCUGCGUCGGGUCCUCGGACGGUUGGCUCGUGCUCCUGGACAAGGACUCGGAGCCUUACCUCCUCGACCCGAUCCGCGGCGGCCGGGUCCUCCGCCUCCCUCCCGUCGAGACGUUCCCCUGCGUGCUCCAAGUGCUUCGGAGGGACGACGAUGACGACGGCCGCGGUUCAGCCGCCUUUUAUGAGGCGGUCCAUCUGAAACGUUUGCGGACCACGGCCCUGCUUCCUCUCCGGACGCUGCGCGAGUAUAUCAUCUCGAAGGCCGUGUUAUCAGCGAGCCCUUAUGAUCAAGAUGAUGAUGAGGGCAAUAGUUGCUGGGUCGUCGCGAUCUUUGGCAGCGAGUCGAAGCUCGCGAUUUGCGGCUCUAAAGACUUCGGCGGAGGCGGUGCAUGGACCGAGCUAACUGGCAAGCAUGCUCCUUAUAGCGAUGUCAUGUUCUACUACGGAACGUUCUUCGCCCUCGGCAACGACGGAUUCGUCGAAGUGUGGGACUUCAAUCGGGACCACCCCAUAAAACUCAUGGAGAUCAAGUCGUCCUUCCCGCAGAAAUCGGCCGAGGCUGCACGCGUUCUCAGGAAUCUUUGUUUCACGAACACAUACAUAGUCGAGGCGGCAGGUGAGAUUUUGCUUCUCGUGAGGUUUGCAGGGUAUUUCGUGAACGAACACGGCGUCCCGGUCGAAGAAGAUGACCUCCUGACCGACGAGGACAUACGCCCUCUGGUCUGUCCCUACAGAACGCUGUAUUUCCAUGUGUACAUGCUGGACAUGAACAGCGAGGAGUGGGUGGGGCUGGACUCGAUCGGGGAGCGGGCCGUGUUCGUGGGGGGGAGCCACUCGAGAUCGGUGUCGGUCCGGGACUUUCCGGAGUUCGAGGGGAACUCGGUGUACUUCACGGACGAUAACUGGGAUCCGGCGGAGCACGACGACCUGUACGGUGGGCACGACAUGGGGGUGUACAGCUUGCAGAGCGGGAAGGUGAAGGAGAUUUGCGAAGUCGGUUCCGACAAGAUCGAGCCUCCUCCGUUUUGGGUUUUCCCAUCUGAUUAUCCUUCCAAGUGA